AUGAUUUCCACAAGGGUGAUGGACAUUAAGCUUCGGGAGACUGCAGAAGGCCUUGGGGAGGACAGCACAGGAAAGAAAAAAUCUAAAUUCAAAACUUUCAAGAAGUUUUUUGGGAAGAAGAAGAGAAAAGAAUCGCCAUCGUCCACAGAGAGUAGCACCUGGAAACAAAGUCAGACGAGGAAUGAGGUCAUUGCCAUCGAGUCUGGGCCAGUGGGCUACGACUCCGAGGAUGAGCUGGAGGAGUCGAGGGGCACGCUGGGCAGCCGGGCCCUUUCUCACGACAGUAUUUUCAUUCCUGAGUCCGGACAGGACCCUACUCGGCCUGUGCGGGUGUUUUCCCAAGAAAAUGUGUGUGAUCGGAUUAAAGCUCUGCAGUUAAAAAUACAGUGUAAUGUGAAAAUGGGGCCACCACCUCCUCCAGGGGGCCUUCCUGCCAAGCGUGGAGAGGAUGCUGGCAUGAGCUCUGAGGAUGACGGGCUGCCCAGGAGCCCCCCAGAGAUGUCUCUGCUGCACGACGUGGGUCCCGGCACCACCAUAAAGGUCUCUGUCGUGUCUCCAGACCACGUAAGCAACAGCACUGUCUCUGCCCGGACCUCGGACAGCAGCCUGGCACCAGUGGCCGACUUCAGAUACCCACCAGAAUCCUCCUCCUGCUUGGACAACUCUGCAGCUAAGCACAAGCUCCAGGUCAAGCCCCGCAACCAGCGGUCGAGUAAGAUGAGGCGGCUUUCAUCGCGCGCUCAGUCUGAAUCCCUGAGCGACCUGACGUGCACCCCAGAGGAGGAGGAAAACGAGGAGAAGCCACCGCUGGAAGUCAGCCCAGAAGAGAGCCCCAGCUCUGGGCAGCAGGACGUGGCGCCAGACAGAGGCCCUGCGCCUGGGCCACCGACGCCCUUGCCGCCACCCGGAGGGGUCCGUGCCAGACGCGCCCGCCUGCAGCACUGCCAGGCGCUCAGGGCCAGCUUGGAGGAGGAGGGCGCCCCCGGGGAGGACCCCUCAAGCCGCCCGGCCACCCCGGAGCUCGCCAAGCCCGAGUCGGCCCCCGUCCUCCGCGUGGAGCCCCCGUCCCCGCCCGAGGGCCCCCCGCAUCCCGGUCCCGAUGGCGAAAAGCAGGAGGGGGAGGCGCCCCCCGCAGGCCCGUGUGCCCCGGCCACGGACACGGUGGAGGAGGUGGUCUGUGCUCCCGAAGACGUCGCGAGCCCGUUUCCCACCGCCCUCCCUGAGGGGGACACGGCGCCCCCCGAGACUGACCCCACCGCCACCUCAGAGGCGUCCUCUGCUCCCGACGGGCCAGACCCCAGUGUCCCGAAGGAAGCGGAGCCGACGCCGCCCGUGCUCCCGGAUGAGGAGAAGGGGCCCCCAGGGCCGGCGCCCGAGCCCGAGAGAGGAGCAGAGGCCGAGCCCGAGAGAGGAGAGGGGACCGAGCCCGAGAGAGGGGCGGGGACCGAGCCCGAGAGCAUUGGGACCGAGCCCUCCGCGGCGCCCGCCCCGAGCCCGCCGGCGCCCAAGAGCUGCCUGAAGCACCGGCCCGCGGCCGCCAGCGAGGGCCCCGCCGCGUCCCCGCCGCUUGCCGCCGCGGAGUCUCCCCCGGGGGAGCGCGGCCCCGGUUCCCCCGACGCAGAGGCCGCCGCCCCGGAGCGCCCCAAGGCCGAGCGCGCAGAGGCGCCACCGGCGGGCGCCGAAAGGGCGGCUCCAGAGCGGAAGGCGGAGAGGGGCGGCGCCGAGCUGCGAGGCGCGAAGAAGUUCUCGGUGUCCUCGUGCCGAGCGCGGCCUCGCCCGGGCGCCUCCCGCCCGCUGGAACGCGCCAGCUGCCGCCUGCCCCUCGCGAGGAGCAGCCCGGCCUGGAGGAGCGAGGCGGCCCUUGAUGACCUCCAGGGUCUCCCCGAGCCCCAGCACGCGAAACCCGGCCCUCGGAAGCCGGCGGAGUGCGGCACUCAGGACUCGGGGGACAGGGCGGCCAGCCCGGCCGGGCCGCGCAGGAGCCCCCAGGAGGCGGCCGCCACGCCCGGCACGAGAGAGCCCUGCCCAGCCGCCCAGGAGCCGGCCCCGAGUGAGGACAGAAACCCCUUCCCCGUCAAGCUCCGGUCCACCUCCCUCUCGCUCAAAUACCGGGAUGGCGCCUCCCAGGAGACGAAGGGUGUGAAGAGGUACAGUGCCGAAGUCCGGUUAGAAAGGUCGCUGACCGUGCUCCCGAAGGAGGAGAAGUGUCCCCUCGGGACGGCCCCCGCCCUUCGAGGCGCCAGGGCCCCCAGCGACCAAGGAAAGGGGAAGGCCCGGCCCCCCGAGCCGCUCAGCUCCAAGCCGCCCCUGCCCCGGAAGCCGCUUCUGCAGAGCUUCACGCUCCCGCACCAGGCCGCGCCCCCCGACACCGGCCCGGGAGAACGGGACCCCAGGAAGGAGCCCAGGACGGCGGAGAAAAGGUCGCUGCGCAGGGGAGCUGAAAAGAGUCUGCCGCCUGCAGCAACAGGGCCUGGAGCUGAUGGGCAGCCUGUGCCACCCUGGAUCACCGUCACUCGGCAGAAGCGGCGAGGGACCUUGGACCAGCCACCCAACCAGGAAGAUAAACCUGGCACACGGACCUUGAAGUCUGAAGCAGGAAAGCAAGCCAAGGUGCCCGAGAGAGCCCAAUUGCUUAGAGAGCCUAUGAAGCAAGCUGACUUUGUCCGCAGCAAGUCUUUCCUGAUCACCCCUGUGAAGGCCGCUGUGGACCGGAAGCAGGGGGCAAAGCUCAACCUCAAGGAGGGGCUGCAAAGAGGAAUCUCUUUGUCCCAUCAGAACUUGGCUCAGUCUGCAGUGAUGAUGGAGAAGGAAUUGCAUCAGCUGAAGAGAGCCAGUUAUGCCAGUACAGAUCAGCCAUCCUGGAUGGAACUUGCCAGAAAGAAAUCUCAAGCUUGGAGUGACAUGCCCCAGAUUAUAAAAUAGGUGGGCAGUGUGCUGAUAAAGCAUGUCCACCACCCUGACAAGCCACUUAGUUAAAAACUGCCCGUAUGUUGUGGCAAACAGACUGUGAAACUUAAAGACUGAUUUUAUCAUCAAGUUAUGACGAACUUGGGGAAGAGGAAGGAACCAGGCAAAACAAAGAGGAUCAACACACAGCCAUACUCCUGGGCCAGAGGGCCCAGAAACAAGAACAACACUGAAAAAUUCCAGGAACCAGUUCCUGUGCCCAAAGGUACGAAUGUGUCUUUUAGAAUUCCCUUAAUAAAGAAGCCUCAGACAAGGAAGAAAACAGAAAUGAAGUUGGACACAUAAAUAGGACACCCAGCAAAGGCCAGAAGAGAAGCCCUUCUAGGAGAAGGGACAUCUGUGCUUCCAGCUGAGAUCAGCCCAUGUCUCUGGUCGCUGUCUUGCCUGUGGAUCCUGCCUUCUCUCAUGUUUACUACGAGGCAUGACAUUCAUGGCAAAACAGAGAUGCCGUUUCCAAGAGCAGCUAUAAAACAAUCUGUUUUCCUAAAGACAGCCACUCUGAGAAGGAGAUGAAGGAACAUGGCAGGGUUCAUCAAUUCAUAGACUGUUUCCAAAAAUAAUUUUUAAACUUUUCCACUAGGCAUCUGUGUCUUUAACCACUGCACAAUGCAUUGCCUGUUUAAUAAAAGGUUUCAAACAUG